AUGUCGCUUGGCAGAUCGCCAGCAGCAAGCUGUGUGCAACAUGUUGCCAUUGACGCUCCCGUCCGCUCCGGCGCAAAGCUCAGCCUGGUUACUCCCGUCUCUCGCAUUUGGAAAGUCCCGGAGACGCUACGAUUGAGCAUUUCGCCGUCAACUGCCCAUAAUAAGUCAAUUAAUGUUGCUAUCGGCGGUGAUUUCCGGCCGCCUUUACCUCGGUCAUCUCCAUCUAGCACAAAGCCUGUCGGCCGCGGAGCAGGGCACCCCCGGGGGAUCCCUCCGCAAUCCUUCAUCCCCUCCUAG